AUGGCGCGGCACGACUCCUCCUCGGACGACGACGACUCGUCGGCACCGCGCAAGCGGCCGCGCCUCGACUCCGCCAGCGACGGCGACGACAGCCACGCGCGGCGCCGGGCCCGCAAGGCCGAGCGCAAGGCCGCGAAGAGGGCGAAAAAGGCCGAGAAGAAGGAGCGGAAGCGCGCGAAGAAGGCCGCGCGGCGCCGCGACGGCGCCGACGAGCCCGAUGUUUACCUCGGCGGCGCCGCCGCCGCCGCGCCGCGCGCGCCGCCGCCGCCGGAGCCCGCGCGCGCGCCCUCGCCGCGACCGGAACCGGAACCGCCCAAGAAGACGGGCCGCGCGGCCUUCUUCGCCUCGCUCCACGCGGCCGAGAGCGAGAAGGCGCCCGUCGGCACGUUCCACGCGACGGGCAAGUUCAAGGAGGAGCUCGAGGCCGAGAACGACCGCUCCGGCGACUGGGCCUGCACGAAGUGCCACUACACGAACUUCAAGGAGUGCCUCACGUGCGCGCGCUGCCGCUCGCUGCGGCGCUUCGAGGGCCGCAACCAGGCCUCGGGCUACUGCCAGUAG